CAUCACUGCAUCAAUUUCCUAGAUCAUUCUCCAUCCGUUCAUUGUAACAGUGAGAUCACACUUGUAUUUUGUACAUCAUCAAGAAAGAUGGAUCGUUGGAUUGGAAAACUUGCAAUAGUUACUGGUGCUAGCUCUGGAAUCGGCGAAGCCAUUUGUAAAUCAUUAGUUCGAAGUGGAGUAAACGUUUUAGGACUUGCGAGACGUGAAGAUAGACUUGAAAGUUUAAAAAAAGAGUUAUCUGGUUGUAAGGGAUUGUUUUAUUUUGCUAAAUGUGACGUACAAAAUGAAGCAGACAUAGUAAAUGCAUUUGACUAUGCUGAAAAAAAACUUGGUGGCGUUGAUAUUUUGAUCAAUAAUGCAGGCAUCCUUAAAGCUGCUCCAUUUCAAGAAACUAAGAUAGAAGAUUUACGGGCGGUAAUGGAUGUAAAUCUGAUUGCUGCUGUAACAUGCAUUAGAGAGGCUCUAAAAUCUUUACGCAAAAGUAAAAAAGAAGGUCACAUUUUCAAUAUUAACAGUAUUGCUGGACUUGAUGCUAAAAUAGCAUCAAUACCUAUCAAUAUUUAUCCAGCAAGUAAAUUUGCUAUGCGUGCUAUGGCUGAUUCAUUGAAGAUGGAGAUUAAGCAAAAUAAAGAUAAAAUACGAUUGACAACAAUCUAUCCUGGUUUGGUGAAUACAGAGAUAAUAGAACUUUCUGGUCUUGAUACAGAAGCUAUUUUCAAUCUGAUGCCAGCCUUAGUAAGUGAAGAUAUCGCAAAUGGUGUAAUGUACGCACUUGGAGCACCACCUCAUGUUCAAGUGGAUGAUUUGGUAAUUACUGCAGUUCAUAACAAAGAAUAAAGUUAUCUAAAUAAAUGGAAUCAUCAAUAACCAUAAUGUUACUAAAAAAUUUGUUGAAUAAAUUAUAAUGAAUAAAAGCUAUUUUAUAACUGAA